AUGGAAGGUGGAGAGGACGCAGGCACUAGACAGCGACGGGAAAAUAGUCUCGGAUCGAAUGAGCCUCCACCACCAAACGUAGCUACUCCAGCACCGCGGCAGCCCCCUACCCGUGCUGCAGGUGCCGUCCCGCAGGCGCCUGCGGUUGAACUCUUCUGGAAGGUGCUCGUCUACUUUUGCGCCAUCGGCUUUCUGCUCCUUCUUGAGGAACGAGCCUUCUCUUCUAACAGUAGGGAAACUGCGCACCCAUCCUUCAGCAGCGAAACGGUGCAACUCUCCAACUCGCCGUCUCUUGUGCAUAACGGGUGAGCGAGCCCCCCUCCCCCCCUCCCUCCUAUUCUCAACAUUUCACCAUUGCGAAACUUGUCAGGCGUAUUUGUAUAAAUCUUCCCACUGGCGUUUUCUUUGUGCCACGCCUAACUAAAGGCGGGGGGCGGGAGUAGUUCCUUGUCUGUGACAAGUGGCCCCUUAUCGAAUUCUCUGAGACACAUUUUUUUCGUAAACAACUAUCCUAUGCUUCAUGCCUCAGGUCUACGAGGACUUUCUGUCGCUUAAGCCGAAUGUGGCUUAAAAAUCAAAUCUGAAGAUCAGCUGGCGACGCAGUUAAAAAAAAACGGGAAACCCGACUGCCAAAUUAAACGGAAAGGCGAGUUCCAGGAAGCAGUUGAGAUCGAGUCCCGAUUUCUACUAAUCGGCAUGCGUCAAAUCCGUUUGCUCGGCCAGCAGCAGUUGUUGGCGAUCUUUUAUUUCCUCCAUGUAGACUGUUAUUUAGCGUUCGGCAACUGUUGAAGGAGUCUCGAAUAGACUGCUCCGACUUACCGGCUGUUAUCUCUCGUCAUCACCUGAGUUAGGCUACUUCUACCAGAGCAUUAAGAGCGAGGUUGAAUGGUGCUGACCCCAAACCAGAUAUGAAAAUCCGACCGCCAGUUUCGACGAUGUCCACAAUGUGCUCCACAGUAGAGUGGGAGCAGGAACGGUGACUUGCGACUAAAUUAUUUUAUUGCGAUAGUGGACUUGCUCGUCAGUACGCAUCCGAGCACCUUUUCAGAUUAAAACUCCGUCAAUUGGAUGUCAGUUUGUGCCAGUGGAGUAUCUACUUACUGCAGUAGUAACUUUUACAAAAGGCAAGACAGGUCCUUGCUUCCUCGCCUAUAGUGCGUAACAACCCCCCAGCUGGUACCGACUGCGUUAGCGUGUGACAACUAUUCAUCCAAGAUUUGACGAAUGGGCACUUACGACGGGGGCGACCGUUCCCUGUUUGAUUGCCAUCUGUCCCAGGCCGGGCGACUGGACGUCUGAACCCGGUCCCAGUUGGUCGAAAUGUUCAACGCACUGCCGGACGGGCUGCGUGCCCACACUGUCGGCUGUGAGAGCGAAUUCUCAAUUCUACAAGGGUUGCUCUCACCAGUCUGGACGUAGUGCGGACUUCGAGUUUUGCAGUAGAGUUCCGGUAUAUGGCCUGUUGGAGCACCGGUCUGACGAUCCGCUCACAGGCCGUGACGCCUGCUGAUGUCACCGGCUCAGAACCAGAAGUCCAGUCCACCCCCCCCCUCCGGCCACUCAAGGACACUGUAUGAUUGGUGUAGUUCACCCCGACCUUUCGCUUAUAUGCGCUGCUAGAAUACGUUAGUACACACUUUUUUCCACCCUCGACGUUGAAUUCUGAUUGGGGGAUUCGAUCAAAGGUGAGCUGUUGGACCGGCAGUUAGUGAGACGUGCGGAAAGUUCAUAACGCAGACCUCGCAGGCGGCCGCAUUACGAAGACAGCUAGGGCCAGAAUGUAUGUGGAAUAGCAUUACCGACAAAGGCAGGGGAGACUGGAGUGGCCAUUUCCGAUUUAUUAGCCGUCGUUAGCCAGCCAUACCCAACCCCGGGGUGUAUGUUUCUGGCUUACUAACAGUCGGCGUCUUACCCCGGACUGGCUCACGACUAAAUAAAUCAGAAAUAAUCAUCCCACUCCGCAGAAAGCUAAAUGUUCUCUCGGGCGACCACUGUCAUCGUAACUGAGGCGAGGCGGAGCUCUAUGCCGGCCUCGACGUAAGGGCUGCCAACAAGCUCUGUGGGUCAGAUGUGGUUAUGUAGCCUCAACCUGAAGGAAAAAAACCCCAGCCACCUGUAAUACGGCAUCGGUGGUAAUGCGGGUCUUUACAGGUGGGACCAGGGAGCGCACAGGUGACGAUGUCAGGUAGUUGUAUGCAAAGGAACAGCUAUUGGGAAUGCGUGGUUGUACUUUGAGUGGUUGAGGAAUAGCUGCCCCAACCCCUAACUCCAUCAGGUGGGGCCACAUAACCAUAUCUAAUCACUCUGUGGUUUUGUGUUCCCCGACGCCCCCUCCCCUCGUUCUACUCUACGUUGGAGCUUUGACCACUCUGCUCAACGUCAACUUGACCACUGAUAGGGACGGUGCACGCAAAUACGUUGGCCAGCGCCAACUGCACAAAGUACGAACUGAGUAGUCAUUUUGAUCGCCCGCUACCGUACUGCCGUGACGGGGUGGCUUACUUCAGAAAGCACAUCAUCGUGCAGAAAUGCAAUGCGGGGGCCCGAUGGCGAAUCUAAAGUUAACAGACUUCCUGCCAGUGACCGAUCUCACGAAAUGUUAGUUAAAAAUUCCGAAGUGCAUGUUCGUUUUGGGAGGAUUGCUUAAGUGGGCUUGUAAUACUGAUUAUCGUGCGACAUGAUCCCAUGAUAUUCCAAAGACGCCAGGAUGUGGGCUUUUGAGUGUGCGUCCUUCCAUCCGCCUACGAAAACUGUGCUCGGAAAAGACGGUAGUAUGCGUUUUUCUACUGACUUUUGAUGCCAUUAUAAAUUCAAAUAUGCUUAUUUGGUAGCAAAUCACGUCUUUCCCAAACUUUAUAUUCAAAGAAAGGGUAGUCUUUCGGUUUUAAAAACGUCUCUAAUGGGGGGAGGGAUUUUUUAAGAUCGUGCAAUGCCUAUUUAGUAACAUCGCAUCCGUUCGUCUAUUAGUGCUCCUCAAGAAAAAGACAGCGUAGUCCAAAUCCUCUGCAGAAUCUUACGAAAUAUAUAUACAUAUACAUGUGACAUGGUACCGACAAAGACAGGGGAGACCGGAAUGGCCACUUAUGGCUUAUUAGCCGUCGUCAGCCAGUCAUACCCAACCCCAAGUGUGGAUCACUUGAGAUUCGAAUCCGGGAUCUUUGGUCACGGAGUUUGAUACUCUACCAUUGAGCCACGGGCCCGUUGUCCUGUCGGUUGUGAUCGAUAAUAUAAAUUAUGACGGAUGGGCGCUCACCCAACAGGUUACGGAGCGUGCUUAUUCCGUUGUGCCUUGGGGCUUAUAUUAGAACCCUCGCAGGCAAUCGCACAGAGACUAGUAGUGGUAGAAGUAGACGACAUGGUACGUGAGAGGUGCCAGCGUGUUGGAUAUUGGAGGUGUUCGUGUGUGAUGCAUGUGUUAGUGCGAAUGCUUGGUGGUGUGGUUUAGUCCUGUGGUGGAUUACGGCAAGUUCACAUGGAGGCGUGUGUGACCGCGUUGGCCCAUGCGGGUUCUAGGUGGGGCCCCGAGGCACAACUGGCCGAGCGCGUUCCGUAACCUGUCGGUAUUCCAUCUUAUAUAUGCAUAUAUAUACAUUCACGAGUACAACUCGAUUUUUUCCGACGAGCCUUCUAUCUUCUUCUUCUUUUUCAUAUAUAUAUAUACAUAUAUUUAGGAAGAUGGAAUUCUUUGGGAAACAGUAAACUUUAUUGUGUAAAUUUUCGAGACUGGUUCCCCAGCUCGUCUUCAGACAGCGGGCGUGCAAAAACAAUUAACUUCUAUACCGAGUCUGACAAAGGAUUCUAUGAUUUGGUGAAGUCAUCUUCUCGGGAUUGGUUGAGCCAGUUUGGAUCUACCCUUAACGAUUUUGUAUGUGGCAUCUAGAUGGAUAUGCCGGUUAAUGCAUGCCUCGUCUGAGUGCAUUGCCUCCAGGAAUUCCUGGAUGAGUCAUAAGUACUUAAUCGAACCGAAGUUCAUCAGUGCCUCGCCAUCUGUCGUUCUCUGUCGCUGCAGAUCGGGUAUUUAUUAAAUCAGGAAUUGGCCACAAAUCUUUUGGCUUUCCGAAACAAAAACGCCUCCGAUGGGCAACCAUGGUCACGAACAGGCAACCACCUGCCAUCCCGAAGUCGGCCAAGCCAUGAUAGCAGCGGGAGAAGGGGGUAGAGACGGCAGAGUCUGGAGAGUAGAUUGAUACAAGACGGUUUCAGGCUUUCUUGCUUGUGCUUAGCUAAUGCUCGUCCUGCCAAAAGAAACUCCCAACUGACUUCAGUUUUUUUACUUUUUGUCCGCCACUUUAGACACCUGAAAACUGGUGAGGCUGGUUUCUUCCUCCUCUUCGAGCCAUCCGACGUAGAACUCCGGCUCAGCUCCAGCAAUGAAGAUGUUGAUCUAUACGUCGUCUUGCGUGAGGACUUUGACUACUUUAAGAGCAAGUCGCAGAAGCUGCGCAGCUUCCUGGAGACCACGGUUAGUGCUCUAACUAGCGCCAGCCGCGCCAACUUCUGCUGCGAUGAUCAUGCGCUUUUCCACCUGACUGACGUCUUCUGUGUUCGUGGCUGACAAGCUAGUCUCAGCUAGUCUGGGUCAUCUGAUCAAUAAGUCUGUUGCUGCAAUGGUAGCAAGGUGGCAAUUACGUUUUGCCUCUUCGAUGCUACCUAACGAAAAGCGACACUCACACGCCUAGAAGACCUUACAGCCUGACACGUGCCCCCAACCUCCAUUGAGUGACCUGAUCACUUGCACGACCAGGGCCCGUCCGUAAACAGUGUACGUGUUCAAUAUCCUCCUGUCCCUGACUCGAAGGGCGGGCCCACUUUUCUGUCGGCAUUGAAAGACAAGGCGCCUAGAAUUAAAACGCUGUAAAAAGUUGAGACAGUGCAUGUGUCCCCCUACUAGAGGUGCCCGUGGGCUAAAUUCUUGGGAGUACAUACGCAUUCCCGUGUCCCAACGUUACCACUGACCCCAGUCCCUCUAGUCUCUGGGUCGUUAGCUUCACAAAUACCUAAAGAAUUCGAGCAUUCCUUGUUAUAGGGCAGUAGGACUUAGAAAAACGUAGACCUGGAGUACAGUAAGUGGGCUAACUCAUGAAAUGUCGGCCGAAAUUUCGAAGUGCGUUUUCGUUUCGAAAAAAUUAAUUAAGUAGGUUAGUAAAACUAAUCAUCAUGCAACAUAAUUCUAUAAUGCUCCAGUUACCUCAGGAUUCCGGCUUUCGAACGAUGCCCUUAGAAGCUCAAUUAUAUUUCAUGAAAACAACGCAUAAAAAUAUUCAUUCUUUUAUUUAAUCGGUAGGAAAUCACGUCUUCUUCCAAUUUUAUCCUCGAAGAAAGAGUAUAAUUCGAUUUUAAAAAACUUUUCUAAUUCCCGAAUAAUUUUGAACCCGACCUGCUGUUAUACUUGCAAUCAGGGUUUCAGAACUACAAGUCGUAUAUUUUCUGCGUACGGAAAACCAUACAUUUCUCUGCGGUAUUAAGAGGAGACCAUAUGGGGUUCAUAAAAUUAAGCAGUGGAUUUGAGCCACAUUGCUAAAUUUACAAGCCACAUUGGUAAAUGCAGAGACAUGACGUUUUAUGAACGGGCAUUUCACGGUAUUAAAAAAUCUCAAAAUUAGAAACUUUUUUGAAACCGAAUUAUACUCCUCUUUCGAGCAUACCCCUUCGAGGGCAUCGAAAGGCAAUGGGAAAAUUGUAUGCUACUCAAGUAGUCAUUUUUUGCAGAGUAUAGUUCUUGCAUGCAGUGGAAAAUAAGUUCGUUCGAAAGCCGGAAUCUUGAGGUAACUGAAUCAUUGUAGAAUUAUGCUGCAUGAGGAUUAGUUUUACAACCCACUUAAUUAGUCCUUUCGAAACGAGAACGCGUUUCGAAAUUUCGGCCGCCAUUUAAUGAGUUAGCCCACCUACUGUAAAUGUGAAUCGCUUACGCCUUUAUAAUAUUAGCGAGCUAAGCCUGUAGGAGGUGGUGUUGAUGUUUGUCAGCAACACGAAUUUAGGGCACUCUCAGUCCCUACUAAACAGCGUGUUCAUUUGCCGACUCAGAGUUAGUCCUGCCGGAAAAUGAGAAUUGAGUUGAUGAGGGCCCUCCUGAUUUGUCGGUGUCCCUAAACAUUUAGACUCUAGGACUUAUCUGCCGCCAUAGGAAGCCGAUGCGGCGAUUCUGUAUAGAGUUUAUGUACCUUUGGUGUUAGCUUUAUUUUGCCAUAUUUCCCCUCUUCAGCCAAAGCGGAAGGGUGUGGCAGUUAUGACUACGGACCGGUCUUUCCCCUGGGAGGUCAUUUCUCCCCCUCAGAUACGAUCUACUGAGGCUGACCAAUCGGAUACAGUCUACUGGUCGGAAACACCGCCAUUUGCUUACUCGUCCGCUUCUCUAAGCGAAGAGAAGGUGCAUGUGCCAUCGGCGAAAGAGUUAGUACGACCUCUGCUCAUCUGCGUAUUUGCUCCGUCGAACGGCGUUGAAGCUCGCCCCGUGAACUACACGUUAACCGUAAGCGAAUAAUUUGCCUACUUUUUAAACUUAAGUAGCAUGGUUAAAGUUUCAGGGGAGGCAAGGCUAGGUGAGACAUUUCCGUUAUCAAAGGUAUACUCGAGAGGCGACAAGCGUAUUGAGUGCUUGGUGAAAAUCAGUCGCUGUCGAAUUGGAAAGAUAAUGCAAGAGUUAAGUAAUCGUGGGCGCCUUUUAUGGGAAAUAUCGGCCGUAUUUCUUUGUAAAAAUCGAAGCUCUAGGAGAAUUCCAUUUUUCACAAUUCGGCCACUUCAGUAGUCAUGGUCGAGCAGUAGACAUGGUGAGCCAACACGAGCCUUUCAGUAGACAGUACAGCAGCUUCGAUGAUUGGAGUCGGUCUUUCGUAUUUUCUAGGGCACUGUUUUAAAUUCUCUCCAGUAGUAUGCUCAUCGAUUUCCCAUAUUGACACCUUAAACGCACUUUACGUUUUGGCUUCGUUUUACCUCCAGUAAAGUUGAUUUGCACUAUCAUAAUUGACUAAUAGAACCUGACCCACCGUAUUCGUUCUUAUCCAGGUAGCCUCCAACUCAACCUCUGCUGUUUGUUAUUUUUGAGUAAUAUAUACAGCCUACUUUGCAUCAUCUAGUAGCUGUUCUGCUGCACUAUUUUAGAUGCGUGUCGAGAAAUUGCACGUUUCCAGUUACUUUACGGUCAGACAAGCCGCGGAGAAGGACACCCUUCCCUACGAUGAGCUUGUGAAAAUAUUCUCAACAAUCUCACCAGAGGACACAAACGGCGCGCAAACUGGGCCCACUUCCUCCACGAAUGGUGGACACUUUCGGCGCGGACGUCACCCUGAGCGGGAAGGAAGCGAACGGCAACAGGAAGAGCAAGAGACAUACUCCCUGAACCCCUUCCACCAAAUAGCUAAAGCUAUCCGGCCGAUCUUGCUGGGUCUGCUCGAAGUGGUCGUCAGCGUCUUGUUUUGA